AUGGAUGUAGAUGGCAGUUACGGCGAGGUAAUAGACGAUAAUCAUAGCGAAGAUGAACUAAGCAUGACUAGGAAGCUAAUUCGACAGCAGAAUAGAAAAAAGAAAAAGUCUGGAGGUUUUCAAUCUAUGGGCUUGAGUCAUGUCGUAUUCAAAGGUGUCAUGAAAAAAGGCUAUAAAUUACCCACGCCAAUUCAACGCAAAACAAUCCCUAUUAUUGUGGAUGGCAGAGAUGUCGUAGCUAUGGCUAGAACAGGAUCUGGAAAAACUGCGGCUUUUUUAAUUCCUAUGUUUGAAAAGUUGAAGGCCCAUUCUUCUCAGAGUGGCGCUAGAGCUCUUAUUUUAUCACCAACACGUGAGCUAGCCGUGCAGACCCAUAAAUUCGUCAAGGAAUUAGGGCGCUUUACUGAUUUAAAGACUGCUCUUGUUCUUGGAGGUGACAGGCUAUUCGAAAUGGGAUUUCAUGAACAAUUACAGGAGAUUAUACGAAGGUUACCAUCUUCCAGGCAGACAAUGUUAUUCUCAGCAACUUUACCAAAAUUACUGGUGGAAUUUGCCAGAGCGGGCCUUACUGAUCCAAUUCUAAUUCGUUUGGAUGUUGAACAUAAAUUAAGUGAAAAUCUCAAGCUUGCAUUCUACUGUAUCAGACCUCAGGAUAGGACAGCUGCACUGUUAUAUUUACUUCGUAAUGUUAUCAAAAGCAAACAGCAAACAUUAAUUUUUGUUGCAACAAGGCAUCAUGCGGAGUACUUAAAGGAGCUAUUAGUGGCAGCGAAGUUUGCCGUGUCUUGCGUGUAUGGAAAUCUUGAUCAGACAGCCCGUAAAAUUAGCAUCAGCCAAUUUAUUAACAAGAAAACAUCAAUAUUGCUCGUUACUGAUGUAGCUGCUCGCGGAAUAGAUAUUCCUAUCUUGGAGAAUGUCAUAAAUUAUAACUUUCCAGCACAACCAAAAUUAUUCGUCCAUCGUGUUGGUCGUGUUGCAAGAGCUGGCCGAUCUGGGACUGCGUAUAGCUUUUUAGCAAACGAUGAGUUACCAUAUCUGAUUGAUUUACAUUUAUUUCUUGGACGUCCGUUACGGUUCGCUGGCGACACAACUGCUGCUAACGAUCCUGAGAAUGGUAUCACUGGAGCUAUACCCCAAGAAAUAAUCGACAGAGAAGAAGACUUUCUGCAGACCUUGCAAAUUUUUUCAUCAGAUUUGCCCUCGUUAUCUAAGGUUGCAUUAAAUGCAUACAAAAAUUAUUUAAAAUGUCGUCCGCUGCCAUCUACGGCAUCGGUUAAGCGUGCAAAAGACAUAAAUUUCAGUGAAAUUGUUGCCCAUCCGAUGUUUGAAUCCGAUGAAUCUCAGACUACCAAAGCUAAAUUUUUAACUGAGAUCAAAAGUUUUACUCCAAAGCAGACAAUAUUCGAGAUAUCUACAGGGACGAAACACUCGAAAGCUGCGGAGGUUAUGAGAAGUAAAAGAUUAAAGCUAUCCGCAUUCCAUAACCAAGUGGGCAAAGUUGAAUUAAAUUUAAUCGGUGAUGAAGUACAAAAUAUGCAUUCCGGAAAAAAGCAAAUGAAAUGGUUAGAGUCAAAGACCUUAACAACGUGUUAUAGAUAUAAUGACUGGCUUAAAAAAUCGAAGACCGGUUAUCGUAGAAAAAUUGAUAAUGAUCAAGAUGAUAAUGCAGAAUUUUCAAAGAAAUUUGAUCGAAAGAGAGGCAAACAAAAGAAGCCAGUUAAGCAAGAAUUAAGAAGUAAGGAGCAGAUACUAAAGCUCCGUCGGCAAAAACAAAGGCUAUUUGAUAAGCAAAAGCGAGGCAGAAUGAGAAAUCGUCAACGAGGGGCUGGUAAUAAGAAAAGGACUCGCUAA